AUGGCUGCGAUCAACGAUAAUCUGCAGACCGCAGUGCCCGAAACACAGGCUUUUCGAGGGCGGGAUAUCCGAGUCCCUCACUCGAUCUUCUUGCGGACAGCAUGCCAUCCUGCUGUCAGUGGCAAAGGUACGAUUAGGGUAGAAGUGCAGGGCGGAUCCACGGUACUCAUCCGGUCACCCUCUACUCUGUAUGAUGGAUCACUGGGGCCUCAUGGAGGGGACGAGGUGCUCAGCGGGACCAUCGAGAUCACGAUGAAGGAGCGACGGCGGGUGCAAGCGAUCAGCGUCGUGAUUCAGUCAGUCUCCCGGCUGUACAUGGGCGGGAGCAGGGGUUGGGAGGAAGACGGGUUAUUCGAGCGGGGAGUGGAGAUCAUCGGCGAGGAUGCGUAUGGCGAGGCUUUAUGGCUCGAUCAGGGAACUACAUCAUACUCCUUUUCUCUCCUCCUCCCCGUCUCCCUUGCUGCGUCCGACCGUCAUAUCUUUGGGCGACUUUCCUACCUCUUGACAGCGCGGAUAGAGGGUAUAGACCCUACCCCUUCCCGCUUCGGCCUACCCCUAGCGACCCAUAUCACCACCCCUGUCAUUGGCGACGACAUACGCUUCAAGCAAGAUUUCGAGCGGGUCAUCGAACACUCGAAUAAAGCCGAGAGGGCGCUUGGUCGCUUCCGCACGGGAGAUGGGAAACGGCCUGGCGGACUACCGACCGAGGCGCAAAGGCGAGCGUCCGAGCUGUCGAUGGCGAGGACUUGCGAGGCCGACCCAAGAUUGGACGGGCUGUUCCAGCAGCAGGUCAUCCGCAAUGAUGGCUCGUCCGACGCCAGAGAAACGCCUAAAUGGCUCAAGGGGGACAUUGUCAUCAGCCAAAACAUCUCGAUUCAAUCAAGCGGGCUGCAGAACGAGUCGAGGACCUCGUUGGAUAUGACAAAUCAGGCGUACGAAGAGGGACUGGGUGUGUAUCAGGUGUCGAUGAGUUCCGACUGUUUUGCGGUUGGUGGCGCAGUGAUAGUCCGACUCAGCUGCCUCUCGCCCUCCCCUCGGACCGUCAUCAUGUCGAUCGAGGCCUAUAUCGUGCAGCAAUAUUAUGUCUUCUCGCCUCGUCAUCCCAGGGAUCCGCCUCGGACAGAUGAGCAACCUACCAUGACGAGACUGCUCCAGGAAGGCGCCAAAGACUAUACAGGAUCUGGACCCUCUCCCAGCACUACGCCUUCACUGUACGUUGGUUCAGCCCUCCCCUCGCCGACCGCGGUCUCCGCAGGCACCGACUGGACAUGGCACAAGACCGCGAGGAUGCCAGACCAUCGCGCACUCAGCCCAACAACGCCUAAGGGAAUGGUCACUCCUAUUCGAGUCGUGCACAAUCUCGUCGUCAUCAUCGACUAUGGCGAGGUGGACGACCAAGGGCAAUUGAUCAGGCGGACGGCUGAAUCGCGGAUCGAGCUGCAAGUGCCCGGGUGUAUGGCGCACACUAGAUCGCUCGCUUUACCCACGUUCGGCCGAGAGCGCCUUGGAACGGUCUGGACCUUGGACGGGUACGAGUACAAUUUGUAG